AUGACGGUCAAGAGCGACAUGACAGUUCUUCGCCCUCUGGGCGGGCUGGAAAUGUACUUUGCAGCCCGAAAUCACAUUGGCAUAUACCGCGCCGUGGUCGUCACGGCUCGCUACAUAGGCGCGAGUCUUACGAAUCCCGGCGUAGAUGGGCGGUCGGUCUCGCCCCAGUUCGUCUCUUCUCUGUCCGCCGUGGUUGCUGCGCAUCCGAUGCUGCGGGUGGGUAUCCUGGACGAAUCCACGAGUCGGGCGAGCUUUGUACAUGUUCGAUCGAUCAAUAUACAGGACUACAUAUCUGUUGUCGAGGUAGACUGCGCAACGGAAGAGGGCUUAAACUUAGAGCUUGCACGCCUGCAGGCGUCGGCGCACGACGAACCAUGGGUUGAUAUUGAAUCAAGACCGCCCUGGAGGAUCGUCAUUGUGCGAAACAAGAGUGAAAAGUUGGGAAUCUCGGAGGAUGUGUUGUUUUCAUUUCAUCAUAGCGCGGUCGAUGGGAAAAGUGGCAUGCUCUUCCACGAGUCGUUACUAACCGAGCUACGAGCGAGGGCAGGGUCCAAACCGCAAGACAGCCCAGAGUAUAUUCUUUCAUUUCCAAAGGCCCCAGAAAUCCCGGAGGCGCAGGAAGACAGUGUGCCGUUUUCCUUCUCGCCCAGGUUCGUGGCCGCGUUGCUGUGGAAAGACUUGGUACCGGCCAUGUUCAAGCCUGCCCCCCAGCCGGUCUGGAGCGGAAAGGCCAUCUCCUUCUCCGCACCAUACAUCACGCGCAUUUUGCAUCUGGAAAUUCCCGCUGAGCACGUUGCUAUACUACGACAAGCUUGCCGGGCGCACAAAACUACGCUGACCGGCCUCUUCCACUCCCUGGCAUUCGCUUCGCUCGUCGCGUCUCUUCCGCCAGAGGAGGCACCGGCUUUCAGCUGCGGCACGCCCAUCAGCCUGCUGAAGCAUCGCCGCGACACGCAGCAUGACAGGUUCUCACGGCAAGAGACGCUGCGUCUUCUGCUCAGCACCCUGGACCACGCAAUCUCGCCGGCUGCCGUGUCACGAAUGCAAGCGGCCCUUGGCGCCAACGACGAGAGUUUGGGGACGGAGAUUUGGGGCGCGGCGGGCGACAUCAGAGGACAGCUCGCUGACAGGGUCGACACGCUCCCGCGCGACGACACGGCCGCGACGGUCAAGUUUGUUCGUGACUUUCACGCGUACUGGGCAGUGAAGGACGGCAAGCCUAGGCGGAACUCGUGGGAGUGCAGCAACAUCGGCGCGUUCACAAAUCCGAGCGGAAAAGGGGACCAGCUUCAUAUCAGCAGAGUAAUGUUUUCCAAUGGUGCACCUGUGGCAGGCGCAGCGAUUGGAGUCAACGUUGCGAGCGUGGAGGGAAGUGGCUUGACGAUUACGCUGUCCUGGCAGAGGGACAUUGUCGAAGAGAAAGUCAUGGCGAAGCUGAAGACCACGCUUGAGCAACUUUUGAAGAAUUUUUUUGAUACUGGACAGUGGUUGAUUUAG